UCAUUGGCGGAAGCCUUGUCGUCAUUUGUGACUCUCGCGGUACUGCAACGCGAAGAUGGCGGCCGAACUGGUGGAAGCGAUGAACAUGGUGAAAAGUUUCCGGGUCUCAGACCUGCAGACGCUGCUGGCCUCGAUGGGUCGCAGCAAGAGUGGUCUGAAGCAGGACCUGGUGGGGCGCGCGCUCAGGCUAGUGCAGACCGAGUACAGUCCAGAACUCUUGAAGAACGUCCGGCAGCUUUACGAGUCUCGUUUCCCCAAGUCAGCGGCCUGGCUGCCGGCGAGGCGCCCUGAAGGCGUCCCGGUGGCGUAUUCGUCCCUCAGCUCCUCCCCGUCGUUGACCUCGCAGGCCCCAGACUACCUCAACGGGAUUUCCAAACCGCUGCAUGCCCCCGCGGCAGAGGUCAGGCUGGUCCCUCUGCCCUUCUACCAGACCUUAGAGACGCUUCUGCCACCAACAGAGCUAGUUGCCCACAACAGUGAGAAAUUACAGGACAGUCAGUGCAUCUUUGAAUUAACACCAAGCCAAGCAGAUCAGAUCCGAAAUGCAAGCGAGCUUCGCCCAGGGAUCAGAUCAGUCCAAGUGGUUCUUAGAAUCUGUUACUCGGACCCUCUUGGUGUCCAGGAGGACCAGUAUCCCCCCAACAUCGCUGUCAAAGUCAACCAGUCCUACUGUCAUGUGCCGGGAUACUACCCCUCCAACAAGCCUGGCGUUGAACCUCGGCGUCCUUGUCGUCCCAUAAACAUCACUCCCUGGUUGCAUCUGUCCACCGUCCCCAACAGAGCCACCAUCACCUGGGGAAACUUCGGCAAGCGUUACUCCGUGGCGGUGUACCUGGUGAGGGUCUUCACAGCAGCAGACCUCUUCAACCGGCUGAAGCUCUGCUCAGUCGAGAGCGCAGAACGCUGCCGUGAACGCAUCCAAGAUAAGCUUCGCUUCGACCCAGAGAGCGAGAUUGCAACCACGGGCCUCAGAGUUUCUUUAAUCUGUCCACUGGUGAAGAUGCGGCUCGGUGUGCCGUGCCGAGUGUUGACCUGCGCCCAUCUUCAGUGUUUCGACGCCGUCUUCUUCCUGCAGAUGAAUGAGAAGAAGCCCACAUGGACCUGCCCCGUGUGCGACAAGCCGGCUCCGUUUGAACUGCUUACAAUCGACGGGUUACUAUCUGAGAUUCUCAAAGAGACGAGCGAGGACAUCGAGGAGAUCGAGUACCUAACAGACGGUUCCUGGCGGCCGAUCAGAGAUGAGAAGGAGAAGGACAGGGAAAGAGAACGAAGCAACACACCAGAGUACCCUGUUGUUGACAUAUGCAUUCCUGAAGCAAACGGACAUUCGCCGGCCCACAGCAGCACCAGUCUGUCGGGUAGGUCUGGAAGCGGUUCGGUGGGCACGUCCGGAGUCCCAGGGGGGCCGGCGGGGGCGCCGGGAGGAGGAGUGGUGGUAGAUCUGACUCUGGACUCCUCCUCUGAGGAGGAAGGGGGCGGGGCCGGAGGGGACAGUGACGACACAGAGGACAGCGCCGACAGUCCCGCCCCCAAAAGGGGCCGGUACAACUACGACAAGGACCUGGUCACCGCGUACUGACCCUGCAGCUCUGUCCCUCCUCCCAGACUGACAUGCCGACACAGAGAGGCGGCAGGGGGGGCUUAAGGUUUGAGGACAGGAACACAGCAACCCCCUAGAUGCAACGACCCUCUCCGAUCCCCCGAGCGUCAGAGCCUUUUUUUAGCAGCUCUAGUUUGAUUUCAGACAAAACCAACACACUCAAACAUGUCCUGCCAGCGACUCUUUACUCUGCACAUUUCUGGGAGCAGCCGUUCGCACCCGGCACCACCUUGCAGUGAGAAUCUGUCCCACGCUGACUGGACCGAGCACCCCACCUCCACCUCAGUCUUCUCAGACUCCUCCCUUCUCACCACCUCUUUGUAUAGACUCCAAAUUACCGGCUCUUUUAGCCAUAGGCGUUCAAUGUUUGCAUCUGGUUUUUGUCACUUUGCAGUUUUGAAAACGGAGGCUCUUCAGUAGCUUUUUGGACGGGGGUGAACCUAAAGGCAGGAAAAAUUUGAAGGACACAGCAAAAAAAAAAAAAAAAAAUUUGGAGUACCCUGGGAAUCUUUGAAACUUGAGUUUUCACUCUAAGAAAUUCCUCCUUUUGGACAACUUGUCAGCUUUCAGUUUUAAUUUUUGUCCUAAAGAGAACCUACCUCAGUCAUUAAACACUUAGCAGACUGGCAAUAGAGCGUUGCUUUGGCAGAUGUGGAUCGACAAGUUUCUAAAUCCAACUUUACACUGGACAUUUUUUUAUUAUUUUUUUUAUAUAUAUAUAUAUAUAUAUAUAUAUAUAUAUAUAUAUAUAUAUAUAUAUAUAUUCUCUCGUUUUUUUCCGUGCAGCCAUGCUCCCUCCGCAGCAGCAACGAAUCCCAGUUGAACAGUAGUUCUUGUUUGGAUUACCAGGUUGAUGGUGGUUAUAAACAAAGAUCGGAUUUGUGAGAGAAAAUAUGCCUCUGCAAAAAUAGACGGCUAACACGCAGCAUUUGCUAGGAGGCAUUUUUGGGGAGUCCCACCAACUCGUCAUGCGUCAGGUUUGCUGCGCUGGCCGCUGGUCCAGAGCAGAAACGCUCGCUGGUUAUGGAGUUUUGGUCCCUUGUUUUUUUUUGUUUUGUUUUGUUAAGUGUUGGAGAUGUGGUCCCAUUAUUUUAAGGCCAAACCGAGGAAGCCAGGAUUCAUGCUUUGAACAGAACGUGUUGUUUAUAUGCUGGUAACGUUUGGGCUUUGAUUGGAGUAAUUUAUUAGAUUUUUUAUUUUAUUUCAUUGUUACAGGUUAGCUACAUAACAUUUAUCGUCAGCUUUAGCUGUUACUCGCAGUGGCAUCUCCGCUUGCAGGUUUUUUUUUUUUUUUUUUUUUCAUGGUCUGCUGCCCUGCUUCUUUCCCUAGAUUAAAAAAAAAAAAGCCCGUUCUGCUUUUAAUGCGUUCUGCUGACGCACAAAGCUUCAGCCCCCCCCUGAUUGGGUCACCAAGGGUCCUGUUUGAAUCUGACAGCUGCUUCCUCCUGCACACAACCCUCUCCUCUCAGGCUCUUACCAUUCUCGGACGGGGUUGCAUCCAUUAGCCGGAGUAGAAUCGGACCUUAUUUGCUGCAUUCGCCAGACUCUAAUAUAUUUCUGCCUCUGCACUAGUGUAAAUAUUUGAUGCCUGCCUCCCAGAUAAAAGACGCUCCGUCUAGAUAUACAGGCUCCAGAUUUAUUUCUUGUAUAGAAACGUGUUGCUAGAGGUCCGCUUUCAUGUAAUUCUUUGAGAUGUUUUGCUUAGUUUGAAAGACUCUUGUGUAGCAGGUAUUGAAACAGGGACUCUGAAACCAGUCCUUGUAUAAUCCUACUGUAGGAAUCAGAAAAGGAGUCUCUAAGAGCCGCGGUCCUGCUUCACUGUGAGACGGUCGGGUCCAGUCCUGCGGGACGCGCCGUCCACGGUGCGGUUUUAACAGCUGGAUCUUUUGAUUUUCCUUCGCCCUGCUCUGAUGCACAGCAUUUAAGCAACGAUUUGCCGCCUCUCCGCUGCAGGUGUGUCCUCCUUGAGUAGAGGACGCACCCGAGCAGAUGACUCAAAGUAAUCAGUUCAGGUCUCGUCUUCCAUCUUUCCCUCCGUACCGUCAACUGCUUAUGAAAUGUGGAAAUAUUUUUAUUAGUCCACCCAAACCGGAAGCCGCUCGGCCGUUGAGUCUGAACAGGAUUAUUCCAUAAAGUGGGCCUGGAAGCAAAAACGGAGAACUCUACCCGUCUUUAACUUGGAAAUUGUAAGUAAUUUAUGCAAACCUAAAAGUGUGUCGUUUUGUUUGUUUUUCUCACGCGUCGCUGUGAGGGGAUCUCUGACUUCUCAUGGGGCUUAUGCUCAAAGAUGAGGUGGUGCGGGUUGCUACUGUGGAACUGAGCCACUAGGCGUUUGCAUUUAGUUUGAAAGCUAGAGACAGCUGAGGCUCUGUUCUCUUUGUAGUGGCAUCUAUUCUUCUUAUAAAAAUUCAUGAGAGCACGGCCAGGGGCUCACGAUCCAUGAUGUAAUUUUUUUUUUUUUUUUUAUGUUCCUAUUAAGACAAUAGAAUUAAAUAAUAUUUUAUUAAGCCUUGAAUUGCCUUCAGUUCUUGUAGGCAAAUUGACAAUAAGACGCUGCUGAGCGCAGCGCCACUGUACUCCUAACGCCACUGAGAACCGGGACGGCUGGUUACGGUGGGGGUUCUUCUCUGUACCAAAUGCACAGAUGUGGCGACACGUUUGUUGCCUGUUGAGGAUGAAACUGUAAAAUUGGAAACGAUCGUAUUCUAACAGCUGUUAUUGAUGUGUUGAAUUAAUUAAAAUAAAUUCUUAAGAAACGUG